AUGGCAACAGAAGAUGAUUUUGCAGCAGCUAAGUACCAUGCCCCAGUUGCUGUCUACUGUGGGAGCAUCACAAAAGAUAAACCCAGAUGCAGAGCUCUGCGAGGUGGAAGCAUUGAUUCAAACUUGCACCUUUGUGGCAGCAGAUGGACCACUGAAGAAGAAGGUGAGGAUGGAAGGGGGGCCGUCUCUUCCCCGGAGGACAGAGACAGCAAGGCUACUGUGCAUGACCUCAGUGCUAGGGCUGGAGGAGUUCUCUCCCAUUUUCCUCACCCAGCCUUGACACAGGACCCCCAAGACAGGGAGGUGAGCAGUGCUGCCCUGGAAACUACUCAGAUCAAGGACAAGCUGAAGAAGAGAAGGAUGUCUGAGGGCUUGUUAACACCACAGAGAGGUGUGACUGACAGCAGCGACUCCAAGGGGAUUACUCUGAAGCCAGCAGUUUCCAGGUCUGCUUCCCAGAGGCUCCUGGCAACCUCCAGGCCCAUGCCUCCCAUCCAGAAUAGACUUCCUUCCCCAGAGCCCAGCUGGACAAGCAACAGGGAGCAGGAGCAUGAGGAGAAUGGCACAGGAUGUGGUGGCAGUGAAGGGAACCACAAGGAAUUGAUGUCAGAGGCUUCCCUGCAGCCCCUGUAUUGCAGUGAUGAGGAAGGGAAGAAGUCACUGGGGGUGGCUUUGAUUCCCCCUAUCCCGAGGUCAGCAAGACCAUCUGAUGGGGAUCCUAGCAGUGCUGCAGUGCCUCUCCCAAGCUCUCAGCAGCUGGUUUCCCAAGAGUCCCUGGAGAUGAGACCAAGAUCAGGCAGCAAAACAGAAGAGAAGACCCUUAAAUCUCUGGAACUCUGGACACUGGAACCCAUCUUGCCUAUUCCCCAUCAUCACGUUGCCUGUAGUGUGAAGUCUGCUGGACAUUUGUAUGAACCUGUACCCACAUUAACAGGUCUGCCUCUCAGCCAGGCCAAGGGGAUGGAUCAUCUCAUGAGUCCUCGCCUUCUGAGGGAUGAUGACUGGAAAGACAGCAAUGGAAGGAUCCAUGUUACCAUAUCCAAGUCAGCUCAGGAGAAAAUGCGCCAGAAGCGAAUGAGAGAGAUGGAGCUUUUGCGAAGAGAGAUGGAGAAAGAGAGAGAGAAGUUGCAGCUCUCCACAUGUAGCAGUGACCCUGGGAUUACGGCCGAAGAAGGCUUUGGCCUACUACACAUCAAUGGGACAGUUCCCAUUUCCUGUAGCACAAGCAAUGCGUGCAGAUCGAGCAUUGGAACCACCCUGAGGAAGCGGGUCAACAGACCUUCCUUGCCCAGCAUCCCCGUUAUCAGCCAGGACAGUGGCUUCCUGCGCCAUUCCUCAGCAAACUCACUGCCAGCCAUUGCUCUGCGCUCCUUGGAGUGGGGAGAGGAGCCCGAGUGUGGGGACGCCUGGGAAACCAGACCCUUCUCUCACCCAGAGCAGGGGCUGCUCGAUGCGCUCACAUGGCUCAGCAGCAAUGACUGGCAGCUAAAGGGGAAAGGACUCUUCAGCAUCAGACGCCUGGCUAUCUGCCACUCAGAAAUCCUUCUUGGUAGACUUCAUGAUGUUACCUUGGCAGUUACCAAAGAGGUGAACAAUCUCCGUUCAAAGGUGUCUCGCUUUGCAAUCAACACUCUUGGAGAGCUUUUCAGGAUCAUGAAGAAACACAUGGACCAGGAGGUGGAGGAGGUUGCUCGGGCUUUACUCCAGAAGACCGGGGACUCCAGCGAGUUCAUUCAGAAAGCAGCUGAUCGAUCCCUUGGUAUUAUGGUGGGGAGUGUGACUCCUGCACGAGCAAUGGCUGCUAUCCUGGCUAGUGGGGUCAAUCACCGGAAUGUCCUGGUGCGGAAGUCUGCAGCUGAACACCUACUGACCGUGAUGGAGCAAAUUGGAGCUGAGAAGCUCCUGUCAGGCACACGUGACAGUACUGAGCUGCUGGUUCACAUGCUCGUGAAGCUUGCUCAGGAUUGUAAUCAGGACACAAGGUUUUAUGGACGGAAAAUGCUGAAUAUAUUGAUGAGUCAUCCAAAAUUUGAUGGGUAUUUGAAACAGUUUCUCCCCUCACGUGACUUGCGAGAUGUUAUGGCAACAAUUAAGCAGAAAGGGAUAGAAGACCGUAUAUCUGAACUUCCAUCUGCCAAGGGCCGCAGGGAGUCUAGGAGCAGUGGUUUGAUGGUAUCCCAGGAAAAUUUGCCUUCUGAUGAAGGGUCCGGCUCUGAUGUCCUCAUCUUACCCCGUCAGACAGCCCGGCACACAUCACUUCGUACUGUGGAAGAGAUUGAACAACUCAAGGAGCUUAACAAGCUCCUGACAGCCAAAGAGUUUCAGGCACGAAUGGAGGGAGUAGUACUCCUCGUAGAUCACUGCAAAAACAACCCCCAGCUCAUCUCAGCUAACAUUGUCCAGAUUUUUGAUGUUUUUGUCCCGAGACUUCAGGAUUCCAAUAAGAAAGUGAAUCAGCAGGCACUGGAGGCUCUGGCUUCAAUAACACCCAUCCUCAGAGACACCAUACACACAGUGCUGAUCUCUGUGGUAGCAGCAGUCACUGACAACCUGAACUCAAAGCACACAGGGAUAUACACUGCAGCUGUGAAGGUGCUGGAAGCAUCCAUUGCUCACCUAGAUAACGCAUUACUGCUGCAAGUGCUUGCCCACCGAGUGUGUUUCCUCAGCGGUCGAGCUAUGCAGGAUGUCACAGAACAUCUGUCAGUACUCGUGGCAUCUGUUUAUCCCCGGAAAGCCCACAUGGUUGAGCGCUACACCUUGCCCGUGCUCUGGUACUUCCUGAGCAACAUGAUCGGAAAUGGGGUCCUGCCUGGCCGGAGCAGCAAUGUCAGGGCUGCAGUCACCAAGCUUGCAAAGAGCCUCUACCAAGAGAUGGGAUCCAGCCUCAAGGAGCACGCCGCUGGCCAGCCUCAGCACGUGGUGAAAAACCUCUGGCAUGUUUUGGAUCUGGAUGUCUGGUGA